AUGGAUGCCAACUGCCGUAAAAAUCCAAUGAAGAAGAAGAAGAAGACGAGCGUGUGACGCCAUCGCGUUGUUUGUCACUCAGUCGCUGUACGUGUCGAGGACGCAUUGAUUCAGAUCCAGGCCUUCUUACAACAGACGGGAUAUUCACAUCUUAUGGUGGUUUCCUGAGAUCACUAAAGCAGCAGAAAAAUGAACAUGUUUGAUCGCAGCAUCAACUUUGAUGCUCUCUUAAAGUUUUCUCAAAUCUCUCGCUCGACUCAGCAGCAUCUGAAGAAUGUCUACGCCAGUCUGGCUCUGUGCAUGCUGGUGGCAGCCGCUGGCUCCUACAUCUUCUUCAUCACAAGAAUGUUUCAGGGUGGGCUGACCAUGAUUGGAUCACUGGCUAUGAUGAUUUGGCUUGCCAUGACCCCUCACAGCCCUCAGACUGAGAAGAAGAGGUUGGCCAUCCUCGCUGCUUUUGCUUUCUUCACAGGUCUUGGACUCGGCCCGCUCAUGGACUACGUCAUAAGUGUCAACCCGAGCAUAAUCCUGACUGCUUUCCUGGGCACCUCUGUCAUCUUUACCUGCUUCACCCUGAGCGCCCUCUAUGCACAGCGCAGAAGUUAUCUCUUCUUGGGAGGCACACUGAUGUCAGCGCUGACUGUUCUUCUGCUCGUCUCGGUCUUCAAUAUGUUCUUCGCCUCAGAAAUACUCUUUAAGGCUCAUGUGUAUCUGGGUCUGGUCGUCAUGUGUGGCUUUGUGCUGUUUGACACACAGUUGAUUAUUGAGAAGGCAGAAAUGGGAGACAAAGAUUACAUCUGGCAUUGUGUCGACCUCUUCCUGGACUUUGUGACCAUCUUCAGAAAGCUUCUCAUCAUCCUCUCUAUGAAUGAGAAGGACAAGAAGAAGGAGAAGAAGUAAUUGUCGUAAGCGUGAAAACAUCUGUGAGCUGAAUACGUGUCAGCAGCUUCAUUAUGAAUCUGAUUACAUAUAGUUUGAUUAUAUUUUGUGAUUUGAUAGUCUUAAUUUUAUUUUUGAAAUUUGGAUAUGUUGUCAAGCUGAUGACCUAAUGUUGUUUGACUGUAGAUUUUGAAAUCUUAUUUAAAAGUUUAGGUUGGACUUUAAUUUCUUUUACUUACUGCAACUCUUUGAGGCAGAAAAUAGAGAUCUGUAGAAAAGGAAUCUCAUGGGGUCUCGUAAAAAAAUUUGAUUUAAUAUUGUACAUACAAUAGAAACUUUUGAGUGUAAUGCAGGUGUUACUGCUAGGUGAUCGGAGACUUUCUUACCUAUACUCUCAACAAUAUUAAAUUGUGUAUCAUAAAUACCUUCUAAUCAUAACUUAGUUGUGCUUCAGUAAACUGCUUUUUUUUGUUUAUUGUGUUAAUUCUUUUACUAAUUUUUUUUUCCUAAUUGCCAAUGCACAUUACAUUGUUUUUGUAGCUGCUGGUGCCAAUUUUGUUAAUUUGGUUAAGUCUAACAUUAAUGCAUUUAUCAGUUAUCACAGAUGAGAUUGUUUUAUUCAUGAAUAUUGUGCAUCUUAUGUCAAUAAACGGUGCCACAGAUUGCA